GAGCAUCGUUUAACGGUUCAUCUGCUGUCUCUGGGAUUGUCUUUCCGCCUGGAUUCGAGAGGGGGAGAGAAGACGAAACAAAUCGCAAAAUUGUGAGAACGAGACAUAGCGAGGACUGGGAGAGGGAAACAGAAGCCUUCAUGUUUCAGUUGCCAAUACUGAAUUUCAGUCCCCAGCAGGUAGCGGGGGUAUGCGAGACAUUGGAGGAAAGCGGGGACAUCGAGCGACUCGGCCGAUUCCUCUGGUCGCUUCCCGUCGCCCCCGCUGCCUGCGAGGUCCUUAACCGAAAUGAAUCGGUACUACGCGCCCGUGCAAUCGUGGCCUUCCACACUGGGAAUUUUCGUGAGCUUUACCAUAUUCUGGAAAACCACAAGUUCACCAAAGAAUCCCAUUCUAAACUGCAAGCGCUUUGGCUAGAGUCGCACUAUCAGGAGGCAGAAAAGCUUCGAGGCCGCCCGCUAGGUCCAGUGGACAAGUACAGAGUGCGAAAGAAGUUUCCUCUUCCCAAAACUAUCUGGGAUGGAGAACAAAAAACUCAUUGUUUCAAAGAAAGGACCAGACAUUUGCUUCGGGAAUGGUACCUCCAGGACCCUUAUCCGAACCCGAGCAAAAAGAGAGAGCUUGCACAAGCUACGGGACUCACUCCCACCCAGGUGGGGAACUGGUUUAAAAACCGAAGACAAAGGGACAGAGCAGCAGCAGCUAAAAACAGAUUACAACAACAGGUGCUGUCCAAUGGCUCGGUUACUGGAGAGGACGGCGCCAUGGAUCGACUCGGAAACACAUCUAGCCCAGAAGCUAGCCUCUCUAGCAAAGCUGCUGCCUCGGCCAUCUCCAUCACAUCGAGUGACAGCGAAUGUGAUAUCUAACGUCGCACCACGAGUCAGGAAAACGACGAGAAAAUUAACACGUUACGAAGGAAUUCGAGACAGACAAUCCACAAGACAAACACGCACAUCAGUGCCUGCCUUAACGUAUCAAAGGCCGUGGUUUUUGUUAUUAGAUGAUGGCUUCACACCAGCCAGGGAUCUAUGGGAUGCUCUAUCUUUAAAAUGUAUUCAUCUUUUUCAUAGCCAAGUAUGAAACAUACGAAGAUGUGACACUGGAAAAAUAGAUAGCCGUCCUAUCUGUGUUCAGAUUACUUUUCUAUGACGAAAAACCGGAUGACUCAAGGAAAUAAAAAAGUCAAAACAUCUUUUUCGCUUUGCAAAGGACUUCAUAUUGAAUCGACAUUUUACCUCCCACGUUUUCUAAGAUGUUUACGUAUUAAAAA